AUGGACAAGGAAUGUCCGCAUUGUCAUGCUCUGAAAUUCAAAAAUGAGCCAGCUGGGAUGUGUUGCGCGUCAGGAAAAGUGCAACUACCUGAAAUUGAAACACCACCUGAACCAUUGAACGGCUUACUUAUCGGCACGGAUCCAGAUUCUAACGUGUUCCUGAAGUCAAUUCGAAGAUUCAAUUCAUGCUUUCAAAUGACAUCGUUCGGAGCAACAGAAAUAGUUCGAAAUACUAAUGCAAAUGGUCAACAAUUCAAUUCUACAUUCAAAAUCAGAGGCCAAGUUUAUCAUAAAAUGGGCUCACUGCUGCCAAUGCCAAACGAACCACAUAAAUUCUUACAAAUCUACUUUAUGGGCGGCGAGGAUUCCGGAAGCGCACUUGCCAAUCGCGUGAAUGCACGUUGUGAUUAUAAUAACCUCGAUUCACUUUAUGCCAGGCGCAUCGUCAGCGAGCUAGAUGCUCUUUUGAACGAGCACAACGAGUUGUUGAAAAUAUUCAAAUCACAUAUGCACCAAUUACAAAGCGAUAAUCACGCUAUCGUCAUUAAUCCUGAUAAAACACCAGCUGGAGAGCAUAUUCGUAGAUUCAAUGCACCCGUUGUUGAUGAUGUUGCUGGAAUCAUGGUUGGCGAUUGUACAGCUGCACGAGAAAUUGUGAUUCGUAGAAGAAAUAAUAAUCUUCAGUUCAUUGCUGACACACAUCGUUCAUAUGACGCUCUCCAAUAUCCGCUAAUAUUCUGGAAAGGACAAGACGGAUAUUGCAUAAACAUAAAACAACGAGAUCCCGUAUCAGGAGCUGAAACAAACAAGAACGUUAACUCAAAGGAUUAUUAUGCGUAACGAUUAAUGAUUAGACGUGGCCUGGACAACGUCAUUUUACGAUGUCGUGAGCUUUGUCAACAAUUCAUGGUCGACAUGUACGCGAAGAUUGAGAGCGAACGACUACGAUACUUACGAUAUAAUCAACAAAAGCUGCGCGCGGAAGAGUACAUUCAUUUGCGAGACGCUAUCAACAACAACGCCGACGUCGCCGAAAUUGGUAACCAUGUCAUUUUACCAUCAUCGUACGUAGGCAGUCCACGUCAUAUGCAAGAAUAUAUACCGGAUGCUCUGACUUUCGUGCGCGAAUAUGGACGACCAUGUUUAUUUAUCACGUUCACAUGUAAUCCAAAAUGGCCAGAGAUUACAUCUUUGCUACUGCCUGGCCAAAAUGCAAUACAUCGCCAUGACAUUACAGCACGUGUGUUCAGACAAAAGUUGA